ACACAUAAAUGGAUGAUUUACGUUGUAGAGCCACCACAAUCCAAACAAGAUGUAUCUGCGUUUAUCACCUGCGUACGAUUUUACCUCCAUCCCAGCUAUAAACCUAACGACAUUGUAGACGUAACAGAAGCUCCUUUUAAACUUACACGUUUAGGAUGGGGAGAAUUUCCUAUCCGUAUCCAACUC